UCAGUGUCAAUGCGUCGCAGCGAUCAUUGUUGGUAUUCGCUUCAUUCCGCGUAGGAGGAAAGAAUAAAACGGUGUUUGCACUUUUCAAGCUAGGGUCCCGUGCGUCGGACGGAUAGUGUUUUUUUCUGUUGUUGCUUUGGGCCACCUGCGCUUCCGUGUACCACGAGUUUCAACAUGUUACUGGUGCAAAUGAUCCGCUGAUCGUGGUGAUGAAAUAUUGGUGCUUCAAUGCAAUGCAUUCGAACGAGCGAAGAAAUGCAGGUUAUAUAAGCUACGACGUUGUGAGCAAAUUUCGCAAACGAAAUCCUAUAACUACUAAACAAAAACGACCGAGUGCUAGUGAAAAAUAAAGUGGUGAAAAGCAAGUAACGAGACUACUACGACGUGGUGGUGCAAACGCAAAGUGUAAAGGUGUGCCUGAAUUGUGUGUUUGGCCAGCCGGAGCGUUUGGUCCACAGCGGACCCAGGAGUGAAGUGUGAUUUGGCGCGCCCCAGUGCGUAGUAAAGUUUGUUGUGUGUUUUGGGGGGUAACUGCGGUGCAGCACCAAUGCCCGCACGGAACGCCCGACCAUGCUGCGGGAACUAAUUGCCUGGGUGUUGAACAACUACCUCGGGAAAUAUGUGGAAAAUCUCAACACGGCCCAGCUGACAAUUGCGCUGCUAUCGGGUCAGGUAGAGCUAGAAAAUCUCCCACUGCGCAAAGAUGCCCUGCGACACUUUGGCCUACCGCUGCAGAUCGUCAGCGGAUCGAUCGGCAAGGUGAAGCUAACCGUACCGGUACGAGCGUUCCGUACCGCUUCCUGGUGCCUGUACAUCGACGAUGUGCAAGUUACCUGCGGCCCGAUCGAUCUCGAACAGGACUGGAACGCUGAAGUGGAGCAGCAGACCGAACUCGACCUGAAGGUAGCUGCACUCGAUCGGCUCGAGGCGAAAUGGCGCGCCCAACGCGAAACACCCGUCACCGAGGGCAGCUACUAUGCGUCGUCUUACACCGGAUGGCUCAACUAUGGCACAUCGCUCGUGACAAACAUUAUCGAAAAUCUGCAGCUCACGGUGAACGGGAUCCAUGUGCGGUACGAGGAUGGGCUUACUAUUCCGAACCAACGCUUUGCUUGCGGUGUCAGGAUUGAUUCACUGUCGGCACAGAGCUGUGACGCAAGCUGGACACCGGGCAAGACGGCGAACUGGGGCACGCAGCACGUCACCUUCAAGCUGGUCGAGCUGACCAACUUUGCCGUGUACUGGGACCCGCGGGCCCAGCACGAACCGGUACACAUGAUCAGUCCGAUCAGUGUGCGGGCCCAGCUAAGGCGAGAUCGUAGUGAAACGCCGCUCAGAACGCGCAGCCGCCCGCGGUUAGUUUGUGAUCUUAUUUGGGAAGAAAUUAAGAUAGCGCUUAGUGAUAUACAAUACAAUCAAAUGAUGCAGUGUGUCCGUGGGCUGGAUGAUAUUGCACGCUACCGUAGGUUUAAGCUGCAGCGACCGACAUCGCCAGUGGGUGAGAGUGCACGCGACUGGUGGCGUUACGCCGUCAGGUGUCACGGGCUCUGCCGCCAUCUGGGUGUGGAUCCGUACGUGAUAGCAAGCGAAAAUUUGCAGUAUAUUCGAAUUUAUAUGCGCCUCGUGGCCAACCCGAACGUGGUACUGUCCAGUGCGAGCAAACAGUUUAAGGAUCGGAUCGAGCGUGAUCGUACGUUCGAUGAGUUGCGAUUGCUGCGAGACGUCUGCAUGAUGCAAAUGCCAAAGCUGGAGAAAAGCAGCACCAGUUCUCCACCAUCGACAGCACCGACGGGCAAAUCGAUGCUGGUACACUACUUCCCUCAGUGGUGGUACAGCAAGAACAACAACAACAACAAUAACAACACCACUGAAGUAUCGGACCAACAAGGGACACCUCCCGGGACGGGUGAGGAUGACGGCAUUCCAGGCACGACGGAAGAAGCCGGCGGUCAACAGCUAGCGCUGAUGGGCAGCGGUGCGGAUGGAAGCGGCUACUGGGACAACGACGGUGAGCUAAGCCCGGUCAGUAGCUUCGAGGACGAAAUUCUAGACGCGCUGGCCGGUUCGGUGGAGUCAAACUCAUUGCUCAAACGGGACGCCGUGUUUGGGAAGUUCAACUUCAUUCUGAAGCGCGGUACGCUCGACUUUUGCAGCUCGCUCGAGAUGGCUCCAAAGCUACAGUUUCUAUUUCAGGAUCUAAAGAUGGACGUGGAGUCUAGGCCACGCAGUGGUUCGCAUUACGUCGGGCUGUCGCUCGGCUCGAUACUGAUCAAGGAUCGGCUCACACCGAACACGCAAUUUCCGGACCUGGUAAAACCGCAGCAGAAGGAUGAGCUAAACUUGAAAGGCCCCACGCCAACCGGUACCACGCCGCUUGGUGGGAGAUCGUUGUCCGGUCGGCUCAGUGCGUCAUCCCUUCCGCCGGCCGAUAUGGGUACGAGCGAGCCCAUCUUUCAGCUGCAGUACGAGCGGAAACCACUGUCGUACGAUACCGACUACCGGCUGAUGGUGAAAUCGGAAUCGCUGGACAUCGUGUACAACGUGGAUGCCGUACGAUGGUUGGUAGAUUUUCUGGCCAAACCCCACCAACAGUACGAUGCCCGGCGCAGGCUGGAGGAUAUGAAGAACAAAACCAAGCAGGAGCUAAUGAAAAACUGGAACUACAUCAUCGAGGGUCAUUUGAGUGAGCGUAAAACCUGGACGCUGGAUUUUGACAUAUCGGCACCGCAAAUUAUUUUUGUAGAGAAUUUUAGCGAUCGUAUCAACAGCACCAUAGUGGUGGUGGAUUUUGGACGGCUGCAACUGACGAAUGGCGAGAAUGGGUUUAGCUCAGGCAUUGUGAAUCAUCUGGACGUAGCAGCAGCAGCAGCAGCAGGCGCAACGUCGGCUGCUAGAGCAUCGGUAGCAUCGAAGGCAAGUGUCGGUGGCUUUUUUGUCGGCCAGCGCGAUAUAUCCCCCGAGAUGCAGACGGAAAACGACGAGGACGACGCAUUUAUGACACCGUGCUCCACACCACCCGGUUCGGAAGCGAGCACUACGAAUUCACCCACGCUGGUGAGCGCGUUUUCUGAGGCACCGGAACAGGGCGCAAGUGAUCGGGGGACAGCUGCCGGGGGGCUGGUUACGGCAGCGGCGAUCGGUGACGCGUUGGACGAGUAUCAACUGUACCAGCGUCUGUACGAUCGCUAUCACCUGCAGCUGACCGAUUUGCAGGUGCUGGUGUGCCACGCCAAAGAGCGGUGGACGGCGGCGAGCCUUAAAACCACCUCGAACUUGCACGUUCUCGAUCGGUUUAGCAUCGUGCUGCAGGUGGAACGACGCGUCGUGUACACGAGCGACCCGCAGUAUCCCAGCCUAACGCUUUCCGGCACACUUCCGAAGCUGAACGCACACAUCAACGAGUACAAAGUGUCCUCCAUACUGACGCUGGUGAACAAGCUAAGCAAAGCCGGUCAAUUUAAUCAGGGUAGCUGGAAUCAACCGCCACCAGCACCAUCAGCAGCACCACCGCCAUCUGAUGAGGUGGAUCGAAACCUGGGGACGGCGACAAACACGAAACAAACCGGCACCGGGCCGCCCGGUGGUGCAAACGACGACGAGGAAGAAGCGAGUCGUGCGAGUUCGUUGGACAAGGAAUCGGCCACCAACAUAGUCGUGUUUCAGUUUACCAUCGACCAGAUGUCGCUUGAAGUGCAGUCGCGCGGUCGUAGUGUGGCGGAGCUGCAAGUUUCGGGCGUAAAGGCCGGCUACAACCAACGGCCGGAAGACAUCAGCCUAAUGCUAUCCGUGCACGGGCUGCUACUGGUCGAUGCGAUGCAGUCGUUUGGGCAGGAUUUCGAGCUACUGAUUGCCAGCCAUCGACACGUAGGCAUGGACAGUUUAUCGGGAAGCUUACGGCAAAGUGAACCAUGCUCGCCCUGUUCACCGGCAUCCCCGCCCGAUCCACACAUGGAGUACCGUCGACCAACAAGCCCGCUCACGAUAUCGAAAGCGCUAAGCAACUUGCAGCGAGCAGCCACUUCUCCCACAUGGAAUGCGGCCACAUUGGGCGAUCUAGAUGCGCUGAUCACGGUGGAGAUUGUGUUCGUGACGGCGGACAGGCCGGAAGACAAGCUGCAGGUGGCCAACAUUCAGUUCAACAAUCUGGACAUUAUUGCAAAUCAAGAAACAAUUGUAGAGCUGCUGGGCUUUGUCAAACGUGUCAUUCCGGUACCUGUGCCAGCGCCACCGGAUCAAAGCGGCAGCAUGUGGAAUGGUGAUGAUGAUGAUGAUGAUGAUGAUGAUGCAGGAAAAAUGCUUCCGAAUCAGGCAUCAACGCAUCCGUCACAAGCGUCCGCUUCCGACACAACCCGUCGACCGUCGUCGGUAUCUUCAUCAAGCGACACGGCUCCUCCCGCCCCACCGGUGCGUCUCGAAAUCACGUUCGAUUUUCAUCGGCUGAACGUGCUGGUGUUGCGAGCGCUGGUACGCGACAACUACCUAGUCGGCCGAAAGGUUGGCACCUUUACAAUGUCCGAGGCAAAGAUUCAUGCCACACUGGGAAGUGACAUUACCGUGGAGGGAUCGCUUGGCGGUUUGCAAGUGCUAGAUCUAACGCCGGAAGGUGUCAACCAUCAGCGCAUACUUUCCGUCGGCAAAGACCCACUGACGGAAGCGGCCAGCACAAUGGUGCCGCCCUCGGCUCGCUUCGAUACCGCCGAUCCGGCCGGUCCGGAUUUGAUGGCGUCGCUCGCGCAGGAGGUGUACGGCACCGGAAUGGGACCGAAGCGUAGCGAGCAGCACACCGCAACCACCGGCGGCGAUGACGGUGGCAUGCACGAGGAGCGGCAGGCACUGUCGUUCUGCGUUUCGAAAGAUCUACACGCAUGCAUCGAUAUACGCGUCAAGAUGGCGUCGGUGUGGUUCAUACACUGUGCCCGCUUCAUGCAGGAGCUUAGCUGGUGCGCUACCGAGUUUAAACAUUACCUUAAGAAUUUGGCCCGCUCCAUCCGCGAGAAAGCGACCGACAUGGCGCUUGGGUUGGUGCAGUCGCGAUCCGACCUAUCGGGCAGCCGGCCCGAGAGCAUUUACGCUUCGCCCAGGCGCGUGCGUCGACAGCGAACCGUGUCGCUAUCGCGCACGCAGGACGUGUUGCUCAACUCGGACUAUACGCUUAAGCUGGACAUUACGCUCGACACGCCGGUGCUGAUUCUUCCGCGAAGCAGCAGCAGCCCGCAGGUACUCGUAGCGCACCUGGGACGGAUUACUAUCAGCAACACGGAUCCGGCGUCCGGUGAGGAUGGCGGAUCGCCUUCCUCCUCCUCCCGGGACCGUAUCGUGGUGAAUCUCUCGGCGAGUCCUCCGCCCAGCGCAGCCGGGCCCGAAGAGCUGGGCGGAGGAUUACUGUUCAGCGGUGCCGACCGUACCUCGGUCGACUGUAAUCUAAGCGAUCUGGAUGGCAUUUACGAGCCCGCGAUGGAUGGGGAAACCGAGGGAUAUCACAACAAUACCGCUAGCAGCAGAAUACGCUUUGCGAAGGAAGAUUCAACGGAGUUCAUCGAUAGCAUAGCGGGUGAUGCCGGCGGCGGUAGUGGUGGUGGUGGUGGUUUCGGCAGGACAUCGAAUCUCGAUCGGUACAAGAUAGACUUUCGAAACAUUAAUCUUUACUCGCUCGAUACGACCAAUCGGAAAGGGUUCCGGUUUGCCGGACUGCCUCGAGCGGAAGAGUUUUACUCGUGCAAGGACAAUGCUAUCCCGAUCAUACACGACACAAUCUUUAGUUUGGAGAUUUGUCGUGAACACGGCACUGGUGAGCAGCAGCAGCAGCUAGGAACCGAUGACGACGGUGACGCCUUUCGGAUAGUUGGUUGCGUGGUAAAGCCCCUUCGGCUGUCGCUCAAACGCCAGCAGUACGAACAAUUGCUAGAGACAAUCGACAAUCUGUUCAAAAUACCGAAAGAUCUCGUACGUCCACCGAGCGAGGUACCGACCACGCUGGAAAAGGUCACCGAAAUAGCGGAGGAAUCACUGUCGUUCCACACUUUCCCAAUGCCGUCGAAAGCCCGCCAAGGUUUGUUCUAUCAGUCCAGCCUGGACGUCGAGCAGCGUGCAUCGGCGGCCGGUGGAACGUCCGCUGCCAUCGGCGUGCGGGUACACUUCGAGCUGCCGGCAUUCAUCAUCCAGCUGAAUGGCAACCGCAGCGAAGCGUUGGUGCAGAUCUCGUUCCGCGAUUUCUGUGUCGAUUUCGACAAGCGCAACCAGUACGAAACGCACGUGAAAGUUUCGCUCCGUUCCCUGCUGAUGGAAGAUUUGCUACAGUCCGAUACGGCGAAAACCCGAUACAUGGUAGUAACGUCGGCCGAACGGGACUCGCACACGGAACGCCACAACGCUUCCUCGUUCGCUUCCCACUCCUGCCCGAACCCGGUCGGAUUGCUGUUCGGUACGGGGGACGGCAUGCCCAGCUCGUUGCCAACCAACCUGGAAGAUAGGAUGGGAUUCUCAUUUCUGGCCACCAACAAAUCGCUUUGUCCCGAUACUCCACCGCCAUCGCCGUCGGUACAUCCCAGGCCACCGGGGGGUGGAGGAUCAUCACGCUUACAGCCGGAGGAGAAUCUAGUCAUCUACAGCUCCGUGCUGGUGGAUCCGGCCUGUCCAACGUUUGCCACGCAGUUCGGUUCACUGCAGCAGUCCAGUCUGAUCGACUUUAACAGCCUCGAUCUGAUCGUAUCGGUUGAAAGUUGGUUCGUGCUGUUGGAUUUUUUCGGACUACUAUCGGAUGACGUUGACGCAACAUCCGGGUCGGAAAAGGCCCCGCAACCGCAGCCCUCUUCCCAGCACACCGAAUCGCGAGGUGACGGUGGUAGGCGGCGCAAAGACGGAGCAGAAGGUGCAGCUGAAACCGUUCGCCCCGAACCGGUUGGAGAUGUGCAAACGAUCGCCGGUCAGUCGAAGCUAGAGAUAACGGUACGCUCUUUAAGCUUGGUGCUAGCGAAACCGACCAAUGAAAUUGCCAAAGCGAACGUGUCCAAUGCACAGCUAACGAUUUCGAAACGUGGCCAGUCGAAGCAGGUCGAGGGCAGCCUUGGCUCGAUCACGCUGAGCGAUCUGACGCCGUACGGGACGUUGUACAGGGAAAAGUUUAUGACGACCGGUACCGAGGCACUCAGCUUUAUGUACGUGCGUGAUGCAGCGAAGGGCACGGUCCGAGGCCUGCAGAAGGAUGCACAGCUUACGAUCACGAUGGCGUCGGUGCGGUACAUUCACACCAAGCGAUUUAUCGCGGAGAUACAGCUAUUCUUCAAGGAAUUUUCCCAUCUGCAAACGCCUAUGAUGCGAAAGAUUAAACCAUCGGACGUUCGGGCUUACCACAAUCAGCGUCCGACACAGCUCGGUCUUGCCAUCAAUGCAGGAGCCCCGAUCAUUCUGCUACCGAUGAGCUACAACAGUGAGCAAGUAAUUGUGGCCGAUUUGGGUGAAUUUACGCUCACGAACGAGUUCCGCCUCAGUGCGGGAGAGCGCGAAGUGCUGGAUGUGAUGCACGUCAAUCUGUUCCACACGGACAUUUUUGCCGCACGCAUGGAACCACAAUCGGAGGAACGUUUCGUGACGGUUCCCUCGGCUGCAUCGACCGUCGGUGGGAUCGAUAUGAAGGGGUACCGGUUGGUGAAGAAGGGUCCCAGCUUACUAAAGGAAAAGUGUCACCUUAAGCUGGAGGUGGAAAGGAAUCUCGAUUCGCUCAAUAGCCAUUUCGUUCCGGAUAUAAGCGUCCAUGGAAAGCUGACCAAGCUGGAUGCACUGCUCGAUCUGCAACAGUAUCGUUUGAUACGGGGCUUCCUUUCGCACAAUCUUGGUGAAGCGAUCGAUGAGCUGUACCUUCGCGCCUUUUCCAUUCCCAACAGCACGCUCAGCCUGAACGCGGUGGAUGCGCCGGAUGUGCAGGAAGAGGUGUGGAAAAAUCUUUCCAUCCAUCUCGAGCUGCUCGAUGUAUCCGUGCGGUUGGUGCAAACGAUCGCUGACGAUGAUGCGGAUGAUGAUGAUGUUUGGUGCUACGGUACCAAACCGUUGGCCUGUGUAAAUUUCAUCAAAUCGAAGCUGCUGGUCGAUUGUUUUAGCGAUGGUGCCCAAGACAUCGAUCUAGUGUCGCAGGAAAUCCAACUGAUUGAUACGAGAUUUCUGCCGGAAGAGUGCGAAUGUCCGGUAAAGGCAAGUGCCGGCCUACCACGCCAGCCUGCUGGCAGCAGCGAAGUGUUGAACGUGUUCCCGAACAUUUUACAACCGAUACGGGGUGAACCGGGCACGGAGCUGGUGCAGGCAGAAAUACAUAGUCGCCGGCGUAAGGAUCUGACCAAAUUUACCAUACUGCUGAAUAAUAUGCGUCUGAUGGCGAUUUUGGACUGGUUGGAGAAUGCACGCGAUUUCAUACUGCAGCAGGAAGAUCCGCCGCCCCCGAUACCACUGCUAGUGGAUGGAAGCGACAGUGCUGGCGGGAUGAUGCAGUGGGGAUCGUACGAUGCAGGACUGCGAAAUGCCAUCCAAAGGGUGCCAACGCCCGUCGAAGAUAGUCGAAUGGAGCUGAAGCUUAACAUCACCGACUCGGAGUUGGUGUUUGUGGAGAAAACGGAUCAGUACGAUACGAAUGCGGUCAUCUUGAAGAGCACAACCGUUGUUUCUUACCGUCCGUUUGAGCUCAACAAAACGCUCUCGAUCAAUCUGAACAAUUUGGAGGUGUUUUCCUGCAUAUUGGGCGCCGAGGACCGCACGGCACUGUCCAUCAUCGACCCGGUUACGAUCAAUAUGGAUGUGAAGAAGAGUGUGCUGGAGAUUCAAAUGCAGAAACAGCUGUGCAUUCGGCUGUCCUAUCACGAUGUGCGCAUGUUCCGGCAAAUGUUGGAAUCGUUGCCAAAGCAAACGAAAAACGCUCGCGAUCACAAGCAGCAGCAGGAUCAGCAGCUGCAAGACCGACGAACAAGCGACGAAAGCGGUUGGAGAGGCGCUGGCAGAGGGGAUUCCGCUGCCAGCGCUACCGGCACAAGGCCCGUCAAUUCGAAGGCGGUGGAAAAGUUGGUCCAUUUGGGAUUCCGACGAGACGAUUGUUUGGUUGCGUUGGAACGUUGCAGCCAUCAGCUUGACGAAGCAGCCCUAUGGCUGACGCAGAACAAGGAGCCGCGCCGACACGACGAACGUGGCCUAAUGCACAGCAGCAGCGUUGGUGGAAGCGCGGGUAGUGCGGGUGCAGGAAAGCAAUCGGGACAGUCCGGUGCACUCAACAUCAGUGCCAUCGAGUUAAAGUCACCCUGCAUCUCAAUCUGCGUUAUUGACGAUUGCCGCGAUGCGGAUGUGCCGUUGGUAGAGCUAUCGCUGAGUAAGCUGGACCUGCGACAAGAACUUGGACAGCUGCACGGUUCGCAGGUAGCAGCGGCGACCAACGUAGUACCGGACGACCCACGUACUACCGAUCCGAAUGUGGCGGUCGGAGUGGACGUGCUUGCGGCUACAUUUUCGGGCUACAAUGCAGGCCGCAUGGCCGGUGUGUUUGCGGUGGAUUAUUACAAUCGUGUGCUGAGCGGCUGGGAACCGAUGAUUGAGUCGUGGAAGCUCGAAGCGAAAUGGGGCUACAGUCUGGCGAUCGAUACGGAAGCCGGCAACCGGUUGAAUAUGCGCGUGGAGAGUAAUGACACGCUGCGGUUGAACAUCACGAGCACCCUGAUCGAACUGUUCGCCCUGGUGAAGGAUAACUGGAUGCAGGACUAUUACGUAGAAUCGGACGGAACGAGUGGGAAACCGAAUGGCGGAUCGCCACUCACCACGGCAACGAUUGCCAACUAUCGGCAGCGAGCCCCGUUCAUCCCGUUCGCAAUCAAGAACGACACGGGUGUGCGGUUGUGGUACACGACGCUCAUCUCGUCCGAGCUUACCUCGUCAACGCGCGGCCGGGGUGGUAUCGUCGGUUCGUUGCCGAACGUACCAGCGGAAGCCAGCUGGACACUAGUGGAACCGGGCGGUGUGGCAACAUUUUCGUACGGCACGCGCAACAAAGCGCGCCAUCGGGACAGCCACAAGAUGAAUCUGCAUCAGAUAGCGGUCCGGGUGGACGGUUGGCAGGAGGUAGGUUCGGUGUCGGUGGAUCGGGUCGGUACCUACUUCCGGCAUGCACGGCCCGAUCUGUGCAGUGCCACCAGCGCGGUACCGGCGGACUAUUCACAAACGCCACGCGCCCGCAUCGUGUUCGGCGUGACGAUGGAAGGAUCGGCCCAGAAGCUGAUCACCGUACGAUCGGCACUCAAGCUGAUCAACAAGCUGGAUCUGCCGGUGCUGGUGAAAAUGGAACAUCUGUUCGGGCAUCUGAACAUACGCAACUGGCCCGAAACGAAGACGGCAAUAUUGCAUUCGAACGAGCUGCUGCACGUACCGCUGACCCAUGUGCACGCCGUCCUUUACUUCCGACCGCUGCUUGGGGCGGCCCUGGAGGAUGCGAUGAAUUCGUUAACACCGUCGGCACCAUCGCCUGUACCGGGAUCGCAGGCGAGCAGCUCCAGCGACGGUUGGACGCUGUUGCAACGGUUUGACAUUCCGAAAUCGGUCGCACAUGGUGGCUACCAGUUCACGGACCGUGGCAUCCAGUGGGCGGACGCGAUUGAACCGGGCGAGAUUUAUCAGGAGCUGCGCAGCUGCCGUGGACCGCGGGAUAAAACGUGCAAGAUGUUGCUGGCCAUACGCAAGGAGCCGUACCCGAGCAAGGACGUCAUCCAUCUGCCCGGGCACGUGAUUACAAUCUUCCCGCCGAUGCGCAUCCACAAUCUGUUGCCGUGCGAUCUGCUGUACCGAUUGCCGUCCGGCAGCCAGGGACGCAUUUCAUCCUCCGAAACGGCACGCAUCACCGAGGUAGACAUUGAGCAGCAGAUCGCACUUUCGCUAACGCUGGACAGUUACCCAAACGCGGGCCACAUUACCAUUCCGGCCGGUACGUACGGUUCGACGACACUCGACGUGCGGCUGUUCGAUAUGGGUGGCCGCAUGCUGAAGCUUUCCGCGACGAUUGUGGUGGUACGGGGGCGGGGAGUGCAGAUAUCGAUCGGUGCACCGUACUGGUUGGUGAACCGCACCGGGCUGCCGCUGGUGUUCCGUCAGGACGAUCUGGACACGGAGUGUUCGGGACAGUUCGGUGAGAAUGAGGAGGCGCGCAUGAUCACGCCGUUUAUGUUUGCGUUCAGCGAUCCGGGCUGUUCGGGCAGUGUGACGAUGCGGCUGGGGCGCCGUUUCGGCACCAGCCCAGCCUGGUGCCAACCGUUCAAGCUUGAGCAGGGCACACAGCACCGCCAGCUGCGCGGUCCGUCGGAAACGUUCAUCAUUGGCAUCGAGGUGCGGCGCGCGAGAGGCAAGUACGGGCAAACAUCGAUCGUGACGUUUUCACCGCGCUAUCAGCUGUACAACCGAAGCAGCUACACGCUGCAGGUGCUGCAGAAGUGUCUGGUGGACAGUACGACCGUGUAUGAUCCUGCGGCAAGGUCGACAGCUGCGAGCUCGUCGUCAUCGUCCGCAUACAUUGAAGCUGUACCGGGCUGCCACAUUCCGUUCCAUUGGCCGCGGUUGGAGCGCGAGCACGAACUGUGCGUUCGGCUGCCCGAGGUGGCGGAGUGUCUUUGGUCGGGUGGCAUACCGAUCACCAGCACCGGGCUCAGCCUGUACAUCAACAUUCGCAACAUGAACGGUGCGAUGCACUUCCUGCGCCUCGAAACGAUCCUGCACGGUGCGACGUACUUUAUGAUCUUUAGCGAUGCGCAGGCCCUGCCGCCUCCGAUCCGGUUGGACAACUAUUCGCACGUACCGAUCACCUUCUCGCAGGCGGACAUGAAAGCUACGUUCAAGACGAUCGUGCGACCGCAGUGUUCGAUCGCGUACGUGCUGGACGAACCGACCGGUGCGCCCUACCUGCAGCUGGAAGCUCCCGGUGGCGAUUACUCUAACUGCCGGCUGGACGGGUUCGAACCGUUCCGGCUGAUGUACGAGAACUUCAUCUACAUCGCGUUCAGCCAGACGUUUGAGACGACCGGUGGGAUCGACGACGCUGGGGAUGGCCGGUUUGAGGUGCGCUCGCAGCAGCUGGUACUCGGGGUGAUGGAUGGUCGGGUGCUGCUCGUACGCAAGCAGGCUGGCGAUCGGUCCCAGCUUUGGCGCAUGAACAACGACAAACAGCUCGAGCACGAAGGGACGUCACCGCCGAGCGAACCGGGCCGUAAGCAGGCGCGCUACGUGCUGGAUUUGGAAAAGCCCCCCCAACCGAUGCAGUACAUUGGGCUGGUAGUGCGGCCAGCUAACCGGCAGCGGCGAUCCACCCAAACCUGGCACUUCACCGAGGAUGGCCGGUUGAUGUGCGAACAUUCGAACAUGUGUGUGCAGGCCCGGGGCGGCUUCUUUGGGCUGCGGGCCGGCUCGGAAGCGGUGCUCGGGAUGUGCGUGUCGGACACGAAGGUGCUUACGCAGUGCGGCGUACCGUACGAGCAGGCGAUCGAGCGGCAAAAGCUGCGGCCCGGUUCUGGCUGUCUGUCCGUGUCGUACCGCAUGGACGGGCCGAUCAAAUCCAUCCAGAUAAGGGACGUAAAGGCGGGCGGCCGGGGUGAGCUGAUGCUGGAUUCCAGCUGGAAGCACGUGUCGCACAUCUUCAACGGUGGACGCAGUGUAUCGUCCGACGCAGGCACCCAACCCGGGAAGGACAUCCAGGAGUACCACGUGCAGCUAAAGCUGCGCAAAGGCAUCGGACUGUCGCUGAUAUCGAACCAGCCGUGCGAGGAGCUGGCGUACGUCACGCUGGAAAACAUUCACAUGGAGUGCAUCCGUACACCGGCCGUCAACUCGCUGGACUUUUCCGUGGGCGAUAUGCAGAUCGACAAUCAGCUGUUCGAAACGUCCUGCCCGAUCAUGCUGUACACGAUCGGUGGCAGUGCGCAGGAUCAGCACCAACAGCCCGGUUCUUCCGCCGGAAGUUCGUCGUUGCAGCUGAACGUGAAGCAGCUGCCGUCGCCCAACACGAACGCGGUCAUUUUCGAACACUUUAUCGUGAGCAUCCGGCCGGUGGUGGUUUAUCUCGAGGAGCGGCUCUUCCUGCGCCUGGUAAAGUUUUUCGGGUUCGCCAAGACGACCGUCGACCCGACGACACUGCCGGACGAAACGGAUUACGAGGCACAGAAGAUAGUGUACAAAGUGCUGGACAGUAACGUGAAGCGCUACUACUUUGGCGAUCUGCGCAUCAUUCCCGCCCAGAUCCGGCUAAGCUUUGUGACCGCGAGCAAGCUGACGGCCGAGUUUGCCGAGAUCAAGCGCAACCUGGGCUUCACGUUCAUCAAGUUCGAGGAUGCGGUCAUCAACUUUGAACAGUUUGCCCACAAGUACCAUUUCGAAACGAUGGACGCGUACCUGAGCGCUAUUCGGGCGCAUUACAAGCAGGAGCUCAAGUGGCAGGCGGCCUCGAUACUGGGCAGCGUGGACUUUCUCGGCAAUCCGCUCGGCUUUGCCAACGAUCUGUCGGAGGGCUUCAGCGGUUUGCUGCUGGAAGGUUCGAUCUCGUCGCUGGUGAAGAACGUCACGCACGGCAUCUCCAACUCGACCGCCAAACUGACCGAAACGAUCUCGGACGGGCUCGGCAAGGUGGUGUUUGACGACGAGCAUGUGGAAACGCGCCAGCGCAUACUGGACGUUUCGGGUGGCAGUGGCAGUGGCACGACCGGCGAUCAUCUGGUGGCCGGCUUUCGCGGUUUCACCUUCGGGCUGCUGGGCGGCGUUACGAGCAUCGUGAAGCACACGUACCAGGGCACGGCGGCCGAUGGACUGUCCGGGUUUAUCACCGGGCUCGGGAAGGGUUUGGUCGGCACGGUAACCAAGCCCGUGAUCGGUGUGCUGGACCUUGCGUCCGAAACGGCCAAUGCGGUGCGCGAACAAAGCAAGGGUUCGAACCGGAUCCUGCCGGAGCGGAAGCGACCACCGCGCACGGUAACCGGUGCACCGGGCGGAUUGCUACCACCGUACUCGUACCUGCAAAGCACCGGCCAACAGUACCUGUUCCUGAUCAACAAGCGCAACUUUGCCGAACAGUUCAUGGCGUACGAACCGUGCCUGCUCGAUACGAAGGACUCGAAGAUGCGGCUCCUAGUGUCGGCGGAGAAUGUGUGGGGCUUCUCGAAGAACGACGAAACCACCAUGAUCGUGUUUAACUAUCCGAUGAGCGAGAUCAUCUCCUGCCAACCGGUGACCGUACAGCCGCAGGACCAGCAACAGCUCGCCUCACAGGGUUCGGGUCGUUCCAGUGGUGGUGGUGGUGGCAGCAGGAAACCGGUGACGUACAUCGAGUUCUGCCUAUCGCUGCCAUCCAAAUCGUCGCUCACGCCCAGCGCACCGGAAAUGGUGAAAAGGCCGCGCGUUCGCUGCCAGAAUGAGGAGAUUGCGAAAAAGAUUUGCUACCAUGUAAAUUUUGCAAAGUGUAUCUACGACGAACGAGAACAAACGCUGAACAUCAAUACUGUGAUCGAAUAGUGGCGCUGUCUCGCCGCGCCACUGUUUUCAUCUGAGAUCCGCCAAAGCAAUCCAUAAUCAAAAAAAAUCACAUUUACUCUUUACCUUUACUAUCGCACCCUUCGUCCCUUUUCUAUUACCAACAGCAUCUUGUGUGUUAUCAACACACACACACUCAAGAGCAGUGUUUAAGUUCCCCUUCUUGUUUUGUUGAUUAUGCCGUUAGCGAACAAGUGAAAUUUCCCACCACACACUAAAAAGGAGGGGUUCGGCUUUUUUGUUGUCUUAUACCAUUGAACUGUUUGUAAUUAAUUCCGUAAACUAGAAUAGGUUCGUUUAUGUGAUUUCUUUUAAAAAUCAUGAUUCAACAUAACUUUACCCCGACGUCGCAUUUUCGAUUUCAUUUUUGUUUUUUUACAUCGAAAUCGAACGUAUGCGCUAAAAGCUGGAAGAAAAUAAAUUAUUUUCGUUACAUAUAUGAAAA